UCGCAUGAGGCUGGGGGUGAUCACACUCCGUGACUCGGAUCAGUGGCUGCUGCUUCUCCGGCUCCUGCGCGUCUUACCCUGGAAUUUGGCUCCUGGCUUCGGGCUCGCUGUUUGGAUACUUGGCUGCGGGGAGUUUGCGGCGGGCUGUGGAUCUGGCACCCCCCUGGCUGGCCCCGGACCUGGGCUGUGUGGAUUUGGUUAUUCGGUGCAUGGAUCUGUGAGAUGUGGAUGUUACCCCGGGGACACCUACCUGCUGUGCUGCUCUGUCACCCGUAACGAUGUUCUAUGUCACCGUGUACUUCGUGCUGCCCCUGAUGGAUGCCUUUCUGUCUGCGGAGGUGAGGCGGCUGCCGGCCGGGGACAGGCUGGACUGUGUGAGAGCCAACGAGCAGUGCCUGAAAGAGCAGGAAUGUAGCACAAAGUACAGAACGCUCCGCCAGUGUGUGGCUGGCAAAGAGACCAAUUUCAGCAAGGUGACAGGGCUGGAGGCCAAAGACAAGUGCAAGAACGCCACCGAGGCGCUGAAACAGAAGUCCCUGUACAACUGCCGCUGCAGGCGGGGCAUGAAGAAGGAGAAGAACUGCCUGAGGAUAUACUGGAGUGUGUACCAGAGCCUGCAGGGGAACGAGCUGCUGGAGGACUCGCCGUAUGAGCCAGUCAAUAACAGACUCUCUGACAUCUUCAAAAUGGAUUCCAACCUGUCCGAGCCGAUGAUCUCAAAGGUGAUCUACUGUCUAGACGCAGCGAAGGCCUGUAAUCUGGACGACACGUGUAAGAAGUACCGCUCGGCCUACAUAAAUACCUGCACCACCAGAAUCUCCAACGAGAUCUGCAACCGGCGGAAAUGCCACAAAGCUCUGCGCCAGUUCUUCGACAAGGUCCCGGCCAGACACAGCUACGGGUUGCUGUUCUGUUCUUGUAAGGACAAGGCCUGCUUCGAUCGCCGGCGCCAGACUAUCGUCCCCGUGUGCUCUUCUGAGGAUAAGGAGAAGCAGAACUGUCUGAAUAUGCAGGAAUCCUGUAAGGCAAAUUACAUCUGCAGAUCCCGGCUCGCGCACUUCUUCACCGACUGUCAGCCUGACCCGCGCUCCGUCAGCGGAUGUCUGAAGGAAAACUACGCGGAAUGCCUCCUGGCGUACUCCGGCCUGAUCGGCACCGCUAUCACCCCAAAUUACAUUGAGUCCGCAGACCUGAGCGUGUCCCCCUGGUGUGACUGCAGCAACAGCGGGAACUAUAUAGACGACUGCCUCAAGUUCCUAAACUUCUUCAAGGAUAACAUCUGCCUCAGGAAUUCUAUCCAGGCAUUUGGGAAUGGUACUGAUACAAAGCAGCAACCUGACCGAUCCAUUCACAGCACAGGAUCUUCUGUCCUCUCCAAGACCAGACCCAAGAGCCCCGGCUUCUCAGACACCAUGCACAUCACCAAUGAAAUCCCUACACACAACGGCCUGCCCGCCUGCGCCAACCUCGUACAGGCACAGAAACUAAAAUCUAACGAUUCCGUGGACCCUCAGCUGUGCCUAGCCGAGCAAUCGCUCGGAAAGGACAAUAUGGUCGGCAGAUCCUCCAGCGACCACAUGUCCACGGACAGCUCCUCCGUGACGCCAUCCUGUCUGUGCGCAACGCUCCUCGUACUGCUCCUCACCUCCGCCACACUGACUUUAUAGCCUGAACUUCAACCCACGGACCUGUACGAUAAAAAUAUAUAUAUAUAUAGAUAUAUAUAUUACAUAUGAUUAGUAUUAUUCACUUUCCUACCCACUCGUUCAUCCGAAGUUGCCAUUCCGGAAGGAGAAUGAAGCAUUCUGGGAUCUAGCAGAACGCCAAACGCUUUCGUGGUACCUGGGGCUGCGUGGUUCCGGCUGCGUUCCGCGCAUGCCUUGUGCUCCUAACAGUCUGUACAUUUGGUUGUUGCUGAACUGUUUAUUUUUUUAUUAUUAUUAUUAUUAUCCCCCCCUGGAAAAGGCGUCCUUCUAUAUACUUUUAUACCGGUUGUCUGCAUUACUUUUAUUUCUGCAACGAGGUUACAUGUAGAUAUGUUCCAGUCCGCGGUGUGUCUUCUGCCGGUGGCGUUCCGGCCUGACCAGAGGCUCCUGUUUCAGCCCAGUGCUUGUGCCCGGUUACUAAUCCUUUGUCUGAUUUCUGUUCUAUGUCUGUUAUAUUGUUGAGUGGUCCUGACGUGUGCCGAGCGCUCAUACUCACCUCAGCGGUAAAACGUAACAAGAUGCCACGUUCGCACCAGGGGGGAAGCAAUACACUUUGAUUUUGGUACUUCGAUUAGUUUCCAUUUUUUAAAAACCACAGUGUUUCCCGUGCAGAGCUGGUUUCCCGGCAGCAAUGUCCCUGAGUCGCAGAGCGCACCGACUGUGAGCUCCUAUUCGGCGUCAGAGCGGACACAUGUACAUAUGGUGCCUCUCAUUAUACAAUCCUGCCUCUGCAUUAUCUCAGCUUUUGCAUAUUCAUAUACGGGCUGCCGGAUUACUGGAUUUAUAUAAUACGUGUGCUUAGAAUCUCGCUGCAACUGAGUAACAUAAGAGUUUCAUUACGGUUGCAUUUCACAGAACAGAAAGUGUGUAGACAGGAAAAACAGCGAGUACUGCCUAAUGAAGCACGGUUUCCUAAUGCUGCAUAGGCAGAUCAGUGCUCACACACACACACACACACGCGCGCAGGAAUUUGGCACACACUUGUUUGUCUCAGCAAAUUGCAGACUGUCAGAUGUGUUUCUGUAACUCUGUGUAACGCGCACUAGUCUCCCGGGGAUCAGACUUUUAUCACCCUACUACAGAUUGUGGAUCCCUUGUGCGAUUGUAAAGUCAGGUGUUGCACCAACAGGUAACCCAACGCCUGUGAGCCACUGGGACAUGAUGGGCCACUUUUCCUGUGAGGGUUGUACAAAGGACAUUUUCCUAUGAGCUGCCCCCUGGUAUUAUUGUAGUAGCACACCUUCUGUUAUGUGAGCAUGCUGUGACGUUGGAGCAGUGAGUACAGAGCUGGCAGGUCAGUGUCUGAGACGUCCGUAUCUCACCCCACCUGUAAAUCCGCACGGUUCCCCGUCACCUGUCCGCAUCACACGCAGGAAGCGCCGCUGCACAGUGAUAUACUGGAAAUUAAACUGAGUGACCGAGAGGAAGAAUUCUGUCCCCAGCAAAGGCUCAUGUGCCAUAAAACCUGGGCAGUCUCUGCGCUGUAUUUACAAUGGCGCCAGUGGGUCUUUCUAAUGCAUUUGUAUUUAUAAGGCAUUUCAGGGGAGACUUGACGGGGAUAAUUCCGGGCCUCAGCCCCCGGAUGUCGCAUUGGUUCUUUCCGUGAUAUAGGUGGUACGUCUCUCGCAGUGUGCUGCGGCCCCUCGUCCAGCGCUGAAGGUGUAGAACGUUGUCGGGGUUCCUCCUCUUAGUAAGAGUGGCAUUCAUCCGUUUUAUUUGUCAUGUUAAGUCUCACAUCCCUGCUGCAGCGAAUGCUCGUGGACAGACACAUCUGCGCCACGGCUUAGCAGAUACGCAACGUUGGGAGAAAUAGGAUUAGAUGCCCUGCUAAUAUUCCGUAAUCUUAUAUCCAUGAGAACAGCUACAGUAUAUCCCAGAAUAGCCGACAGCUGUAAUCCUGCCCAUACAAUGCUUCCUAAGCUCUGUGGUGAUGCCCCAAACAUCCCUUAUAUUAUUAUAUGUCAGACUAUUGUCACGCUGUAGUGCGGAGCUGUGGUAGCAGGAUGACGUAUGAUGUGGCGUGGCUACCACAGGGGAAGUCUCACUGGCCUGUCUCACAGGGGGGGGGGGGGGGGGGUCUCACUGACCUGUCUCACAAAGGAGGGUCUCACUGGCCUGUCUUACAGAGGAGGGUCUCACAGGGGAGGGUCUCACUGUCCUGUCUCACAGAGGAGAGUCUCACUGUCCUGUCUCACAGAUAUUAGAGUCUCACUGGCAUGUCUCACAGAGGAGGGUCUCACUGCCUGUCUCACAGAUAUUAGAGUCUCACUGUCCUGUCUCACAGAUAUUAGAGUCUCACUGGCAUGUCUCACAGAGGAGGGUCUCACUGCCUGUCUCACAGAUAUUAGAGUCUCACUGUCCUGUCUCACAGAUAUUAGAGUCUCACUGUCCUGUCUCACAGAUAUUAGAGUCUCACUGUCCUGUCUCACAGAUAUUAGAGUCUCACUGGCAUGUCUCACAGAGGAGGGUCUCACUGCCUGUCUCACAGAUAUUAGAGUCUCACUGGCCUGUCUCACAGAUAUCAGAGUCUCACUAGCCUGUCUCACAGAUAUUAGAGUCUCAUUGGCCUGUCUCACAGAUAUUAGAGUCUCACUGGCCUGUCUCACAGAUAUUACAGUCUCACUGGCCUGUCUCAGAGGAGGAUCUCAUUGUUCUGUUUCACAAAGGAGGGUAUCACUGUGUGGUCUCACACAAAAAGUGUCUCACUAGAAUAGAGGAGGGUCUCGCUGUGUGCUGUCUCACAGGAAUAGAGGAGGGUCUCGCUAUGUGCUGUCUCACAGGAAUAGAGGAGGGUCUCGCUGUGUGCUGUCUCACAGGAAUAGAGGAGGGUCUCGCUGUGUGCUGUCUAGCAGUUCUGGGUCACCCCAUGUAUGUCCCCUCCAUGUCUCCUGAGGUGUUACAGACUGGGAGGAAUAGACCUAAUGUGUUCUGUAUGGGAGAUGUACAAUCCGCUGAGCUGCUCUGGUCUGCUGGAAACAGGUGACGGCUUGUAACGGGAGCACUUACAUUUCCAUUCUCCAAAACCAUUCACUUAUUUUUUCUUAGUGAUUACUAUGAUGAUGUUACUUAUUUUUAAUAAAAGUGUUGAAAACCCCA